AGGUGUGGCUGGAGCGGCUUGGGAUGCGAGGUGGGCGGGGGCGGGCUGAAAGUUAGAGUAAGCAGGAAGUGAACCGAGGGCUGUCCCGGGAGGAAACACACUAGGCGAGUUCAGCUGCCGACAGGCCGUACCACUCGGGAGACAUGGAGGAUGCCAGUGGAGGCAGAGGAGAUGACCGGGUGCGGGACCUGCAGAGCGAGGUGGAGGGAGUCAAGAAUAUUAUGACCCAGAAUGUGGAGAGGAUCCUGGCCCGAGGAGAAAACCUGGACCAUCUCCGCAACAAGACAGAGGACCUGGAAGCCACAUCUGAGCACUUCAAGACAACAUCACAGAAAGUGGCUCGGAAGUUCUGGUGGAAGAAUGUGAAGAUGAUUGUCCUCAUCUGCGCGAUUGUCUUCAUCAUCAUCCUCUUCAUCGUGCUCUUUGCCACUGGUGUCAUUCCUGUUUAGAGAGCCCCUCCCGCACUGCCUCCUCUCCUGGGCCAACCCUCUGUAGCUGAUGCCAAGAGGGGCCCUGUCUCCCGCCCACCUCCACAGAGAGUGCUGCUGGGUCCAGUCCUCCGGCUCCUUGCCUGAGGACCCUCUACACAUUGCCUGCCCCAGGGAGCACCUUGGUCCCUUGGAAGGAGAGAGCUGGACUGUGGUUGCGUUUCACGGGUCCUCAGAGUGGGCUGGAGAGACCCAGAGGGCCCAGUAUGUGGCUAGGAAACUGUUGGUGGCCUGUGGGUAAUAAAGACCUUUCAGUAUC